AUGAGUAGUGGUAGUCUAAUUGUUGGACAACAACAAUACGAUUGGACAAUUUGUGAUAGUGAUGCGAGAUGUAUGAAUGCUGGAUAUUGUUCGACAGAUAAUACAACAUGUGUUUGUUUGCCUGGUUUCAAGAAUGAUUUAUCCAUGGGAAUUAGAAAUUGUUCUUUGAUUGACUGUGUAAAUGGAAAAUCAUUGACAGAUAAAGUUUAUGAUGAUUCGAACACAAGAAGAAAUUUAUUUAGUACGAGUAGUGAUGACGAUAAAUCUCCAGUUUGUUCUUGUCAACCUGGAUGGGAAGGAUUGGAUUGUAGAAUGUGUAGUAAUGAUUACGUUUGUCAACAACGAUUGAACAAUUCGGCUGCUUUUUGUGAUAAAUCAUACAUUCCACAGAAAGAAAAGGUUUAUAGUUGUGAAGUUACUUCGGAAAGAAUGAUACCUCUCAUGGGAAAUUAUUUCACAAUUGACUGUAAUGGAAUGGAAAAUAAGACAGCUGGUGGAAAUUGUUAUUUCAGAUCAUUUGACAAGUCUGAUACUUCUCUUGCUGAAACUUUUUAUUGUACAUUCCACGAUUGUGUCUUAUCAAUUCCAGAAAAAGGAGAAGUAUUAUACAAAUGUGGAUAUACUACUGGCUGUGCAUGUUCAAUGAUUUCUCCAAAAUGUUAUAACCAGUUUGUAUUGUAUAUAUUAGAACACAUGACUGGUUAUGCAAAUGUACAGUGUAAUAACGAAACCAAGUCUUGUUCAAUUCAACAUGAAAACUUCCCUGGUGUUAUUCAAUCAACUUGUGAUCAUGCUGCUGAGUGUGUUGAUGUAUACGUUCCUGCACCUCAACCACCAAAACAAAAUGAUUUACCUAAAAUUGUUGCUGGAGCUGUUGGUUCAGUAAUUUUUGUUGCUAUCAUGAUUGUAUUAAUUUUCAGUAUUAUUUAUUCUAAACUUCAAACUAGAAAGGUUAAACAUGAAUAUGAGGAUAUGAUGAAGACAGGAAAUAAUGAAUUUGGAGCCAAGUUGGAAAUUCGUAACUUGACCUAUAUUAUCAGAACUACUGCUAAGAAAAUCAAUUCUCUCCAGGAAGUUAGUGGAGUCAAUGAGGAAGAUAUUGCAAAGGAAGAAAAGGAGGAGGAAAGAGAAAGGGCUCUCCAUCUCAAGAGCAAGAAUAGAAUUACACUUCUUCAUGGAUUGAGUCACACCUUUAAACCGGGAACUGUUACUGCUAUUAUGGGUCCUUCUGGAGCUGGUAAAACAUCAUUAUUGGAUAUUAUUGCUGGUAGAUCUAAAUCUGGAGAUGUUUUUGGAGAAUUAUUGGUUAAUAACAAACCAAUUGACUAUAACCAAUAUAAGAGAGUUGCUGGUUAUGUAUCUCAAUCAGAUGAUCAUUUAAUGGGUACCUUGACAGUUUUUGAAUCAAUCAUGUUUAGUGCGGAGCUUCGUUUACCUGAUACUGUCCCAUAUACGGAAAAGAAGAGACGUGUUGAGUCUGUUAUGGAAGAGCUUGGAAUUUCACAUAUUCGUGAUAGAAAGAUUGGUGAUGCCAUGACAAGAGGUAUUUCUGGAGGCGAAAAACGUCGUGUCAGUAUUGCUUGUGAAUUAGUCAUUGCACCACAAAUUCUCUUCUUGGAUGAACCUACAAGUGGAUUGGAUUCAUAUCACGCAGUCUCAACCAUCAAGACUAUUUGCGACCUGGCCACUAAACAUAACAGAACUAUUGUAUUCUCUAUCCAUCAACCUCGUUCUAAUAUUUUCCAACAAUUUGAUAAUUUACUCUUAAUGAAGGAUGGUAAAAUAUUCUAUAGUGGAAGUGCUGAAGGAUCAUUGGAUUAUUUGUCAAAACUUGGUCAUGACUGUCCAUCUCAAUACAAUCCUGCUGACUUUUUAUUAGAUGUCAUGUCAGAAAUGUCAGAAAAUGAGACUCAAGGAACUUCUAUUAAUCAAAAUAAUCAAUCUUUAUCUUACCAACAACCAAUUUUCAAACAAUCUGGUUAUGGAUCUGAAAAUCAAGAAUCACAAAAUCUCUUGGUAAAGACAGAAGAUAAUAUUUACACCAAGAAGGUUCAAGAGUAUGCCACCUCGUUCUAUACGCAACUUUACAUUUUAUCUAAGAGAUCAUUCCGUAACUUUUACAGAAAUUUCUACCUUAUGCCAGCUCACUAUUUGAGUGCUAUUAUCAUGGGUCUUUUACUUGGUGCCAUUUACUUCCAGCAAAGUAACAAUAUCCAAGCUUGUCAAAACAGAAUGGGUAGUAUUUUCUUCAUGUGUGCUUUGUUGAACUUUGCUGCCAUGUCUAGCUUGGAAUUAUUUAUUACAGAACGUACAAUUUAUGUGAGAGAAAGAGCAAAUGGAUACUAUCUUUCAAUUUCAUACUUUUUCUCAAAGACUUUCUUUGAUUUAAUUCCACUCCGUGUCAUUCCACCAAUUAUUAUGGGAUCUAUUGCUUAUGUAAGUAUUUUUCAAUAUUGA